CAAUGAGGGAGCAUGAGAGACAAAGACUGAUCUUGAAAAGUGAUAAUGAAAACGAUGGCCGCGGCGUGGUCUUACAACUAUCUGGUACUAUUGCCUCUGCUCAUCUUCGCCUCCAACGUGACGGGAGAUAAAACGCCUACACAUACUAGCACUCCAGAUGAACACCUUGACCGACUCACUGCUACAUUUUCGCCACGCCACCAGCAUGUCUCUUUGUUGGCUCACUUGAUAGAAUUUGCUACCGCAUUGCCAGCUCUUGUGCAGGAAGAGGAAACUUCUUCAGGAUCAGGGCCCACAGGACACGACCUCACAUCGGAGCAAAUCGAUCACGCUGUGGGAGAACUGGACCUCCUAGGGGACCUGGAGGAUGGAGUAGUCGUUGUAAG